CUGUUUCGAUGUUGAAAGUAGGGUGCACUGGGGGAACGUAAGGCCCUUCGCAGGUGACACUUGCCCCUUUUGUGAACGGCGCGUCUCGAGCCCUCGGCUCCGAACUCGCCCUUCGAGGAGUUCCUUUUUCCGCAUAGAUAUUAGAAGCAGAGGGAGAGAAAGAGAGGGGGAGCGAGAGGGAGAAAUAUCAAUAAUUAUCGUCUUCUAAUAGCAGGCAUCUGCGAAGAGGACCUCGAUAGGAUGGGGAAGGACUCUAAGCCUAAAGAAAAAGGGAAGGGGAAGCAAAGUGGAAGUGGGGGCGACGAGAUUGCUUCCAAGGGAAAGGGGAAAGGUGGGAAGUCUGAUGGACUUGGUACCUGUACUUAUGUGAAGGCAAGGCAUGUAUUAUGCGAGAAGCAGGGGAAGAUCAAUGAAGCAUAUAAGAAGCUGGAGGAAGGUUGGCUGAGCAAUGGAGACAAGGUCCCACCCGCUGAAUUUGCAAAGAUUGCUGCCGAAUACUCUGAAUGCCCAUCAGGAAAGAAAGGUGGUGACCUAGGUUGGUUCCCCCGAGGAAAGAUGGCAGGUCCAUUCCAAGAUGUCGCCUUCAGUACCCCUGUCGGGGCCACCAGUGCACCGUUUAAGUCCACGCAUGGUUACCACAUUAUCCUCUGCGAGGGAAGGAAAAACUGAAUGAAGCUCAUGUCAGGUCUACAAGGAAAGUGUUGUUACGGUGUUAAUGUUUCAUGAGUUUGCAAUGAGGAUGUACUCUUACCAUCUUGUUGACCCAUCAGAGAUUUUUUUUCAUCCAUAGCAUGGAUAAAAGCUGGAGUUGGGUUGAAUGUAUUUAUGUAAGUUAGUUUUAGGUGUAAUGGGCACACAUAAUUGCUUCUUCUGAUUUUAGUAUUAAGGUAACUGUGUUGCUUCAAA